AAAGCGGUGAGACAUUAUCAUAAACCAACGUUGACACAGAGGAAAAAGAGAAAACAGAGCAACCAAACAUGGCAGUGAUUUCCCUAGCCAAUAAUGUCUCAAGGCCUUUUCCUCAAGCCUCUUCCACAAUAUCUCACGGAUAUUCCUCUCGCAAAGUCGCCCGGGUCUGCUUCACCUCUGCCUUCAAAUUCUCCGGGGGUCAAAGUGCGUCGGAAGAGAACAGGGGAUAUUAUUCAAGGGUUGACAGCAGGGGAUAUGCCGACAAGAACUGGAGGAAAAAGGAACGAGACGUGAGUAGGAAGGCAAAAGAAACCGUGGAAGAUGCCCUGGACAAAAGCAAGCAACAAGCAGAGGAAAUCACAGACACAACCAAGGAGUAUGCACAGGGCGUAGCGGAGACGGUGGCAGAGAAUACAAAACAGGGAACAAACACAGCAGCCGAGACAGCAGAGAGCGCAAAGGAGAAAGCCAAAGAGUACGCGAACGAGACAAACCAGAAGACCAAAGAUGUGGCGGGGACUGUAGGGGAUAGGGUCAAAGAGGGGACUAACAAGGCCGCAGAGGCGACGGAGAGUGCGAAGAAGAAUGUGAAAGAGGGCGCGUUGGGGGUGAAGGAGAGAACAGAGGAUGCGGGGCAAACGGUGGUGGACAAGGUGAAGGAGGGGACUAGCAAGGCGGCGGAGACGGUGGAAACGGUGGUGGAGAAUGUGAAGGAGGGGACAAGCAAGGCGGCGGAGGCGGUGAAUGAUACGAUCAAUCCUGAUGGGAAGAAAUAUUGACGUUCUGCUCUGUGAAUCGGGUUAUUGAUGGAUUUAUUAUAUAAAAACUGCAAAUUGGGUCUUUUCCUUCAACCUCUGUAAUGGCAUACACUUAUUUCAGUAAUGCAACAUUAACAAAGAUCUCUUACUUA